CUUCAUGGACAUGAUUCCAACAGGGUCACCAGGAGGGAUCAGUCAAUCGUGAAGAAGAAACUGACUACUUUAAAAUGGAGAGAGUCUCAAUGGUGCUGCCCAUGCUGUCACAUACCCUACAAUGGCACAGAUACAAACAUUAGUCUUCCAUCUAUCUCUAUGCGCCCAACACACUUACGGCGCCGCCGCAACCGUUUCUGGGAGGAGAAUGAUUCGACGAGAGAUGCAAUUCAAUCCCAGGAACGUUGCAAUGCCUUGUUUCACUGAUGAGGUUUGGGCAUAGGCACCGUGUAAGUGUCAUUGGUAAUCGCAACAGAGGAGGAUAAAAUUAGCUAAUAAUAAACUUUAUCGGGGGUAGAACGAAGGACAUUAUUUAUCAUCCAGUGUACUAGCUAGCUGAAGAUUUCGGCUUGAUGUUUACUGGAGAGAGAGUGGAAGUGGACAUCAUGGGCACGAAAUUAACAUCCAACGUGUUGAAGUAAAGUGGACCCACGAAACUGCUUAAAACCCAUCCACAGCCAUGGCAGGCUUCAAACGAGGGUAUGAUGGCAAGAUUGCAGGGCUUUAUGACCUGGACAAGACGCUGGGCCGGGGCCACUUCGCCGUGGUCAAACUGGCGCGCCACGUUUUCACUGGGGAGAAGGUGGCGGUCAAGGUCAUCGACAAGACCAAGUUGGACACGGUUGCCACGGGUCACCUGUUCCAGGAAGUGCGUUGUAUGAAGCUGGUACAGCACCCCAACAUUGUCCGGCUCUACGAAGUAAUCGACACGCAGACCAAGCUCUACCUGAUCCUGGAGCUGGGCGACGGAGGAGACAUGUUCGAUUACAUCAUGAAGCACGAGGAGGGCCUCAGCGAGGAGCUGGCCAAGAAGUACUUUGCCCAGAUCGUCCAUGCCAUCUCCUACUGCCACCGGCUGCAUGUGGUGCACCGUGACCUCAAGCCGGAGAAUGUGGUGUUCUUUGAGAAGCAGGGAGUGGUGAAGCUCACUGACUUUGGCUUCAGCAACAAGUUUCAGCCAGGGAAGAAGCUCACCACUAGCUGUGGCUCGCUGGCCUACUCUGCCCCAGAGAUCCUGCUGGGAGAUGAGUACGAUGCUCCGGCCGUAGAUAUCUGGAGUCUUGGUGUGAUCCUGUUCAUGCUGGUGUGUGGACAGCCCCCCUUCCAGGAGGCCAACGACAGCGAGACCCUCACCAUGAUCAUGGACUGUAAAUACACUGUACCCACCCACGUCUCCAACGCCUGCAAAGAUCUGGUAGGCCGGAUGCUGCAGCGGGACCCAAAGGGCCGUGCGUCUCUGGAGGAGAUAGAGAGCCAUGCCUGGCUGCAGGGGGUGGACCCGUCCCCAGCCACCAAGUUCAACACCCCCCUGGUGUCUCAUAAGAGCCUGUCUGAGGAUGAGCACAACGGGAUCAUACAGCGCAUGGUGCUGGGGGACAUCGCAGACCGAGAGCCCAUAGUAGAAGCCCUGGAGACCAACAAGUACAACCACAUCACUGCCACCUACUUCCUGCUGGCUGAGAGGAUCCUGAGAGAGAAACAGGAGAAGGAGGUCCAGACACGCUCCUCCAGCCCCAGCAACAUCAAGGCCCAGUUCAGGCAGUCCUGGCCGACGAAGAUUGACAUGCAUCAGGACAUCGAGGACAGUCUGGCAGCCUCCUCCAUCUGCCACGCUGGUGGUCCCCAGUCCCCCGCCCGCAGCGCUGAGAGCCUUCUCAACGGACACCGCACCAAAGGCCUGCUGGAGCUCCGCAGGGACGAGAGCAACGCAGGGGCCUCCGGUGCCCCUGCCCCCGUUUCUGGGCCCCCUAGAGCUGGGGCCACGGCCCCCACACCCUCCACCUCCUCAGCCAAGCAGCGCAGCUGCCUGUUCAGGGUGGAGGAGGAUGAAGAGGAGGAAGAGGACCAGUCCCCUCUGUCCACCCAAGUGAUCCUGCGUCGCAAGGCUCCAUCUAUCACCAACCGGCUGACCUCCAGGAAGAGCGCCCCAGUCCUCAACCAGAUCUUUGAGGAGGAGGGUGAGUCAGACGACGACUUCGACAUGGACGAGGGCCUGCCACCCAAACUCAGCCGGCUAAAGAUGAACAUCGCUGCUGCAGCGGCCGGGUCGCCGGGCACCACUCAGAAACGCUAUCACCGCCGCAAGAGCCAAGGCCGCGGCUCGUCCUGCUCCAGCUCAGAGACCAGCGACGACGACUCCGAGAGCCACCGCCGGCGUCUGGACAAAGACACAGGCUUCACCUACAGCUGGAACCGCAGGGACAGCAGUGAGGGCCCGCCUGGAAACUCAGGGGGAAAUGGUGGAGGGAGCAGUGGAGGGCAGAGUAAACCCCCCGGGGAGGGGGGCAGUCCUCCUGGAGGGGGAGGUGGGGGGAGUAGUGACAAUGGAGGGAAUGGUAGUAGUGGGGGGGGAGGUGGUAAGGGACAGGGUUCCCCCUCAAGUUGUUCUAACGGCAGCAGUAACCACUCGUCUUCAGGCUCAGGGUCCACGCGGAGACACUGUGCCUCCCGCAGCCCCGGGGCAGCAGAGCUGGUGGAGAGCCUGAAGCUCCUGAGCCUGUGUCUCAGCUCCCAGUUACAGCACAGGGGGAGAAGUGGAGGCCCCGGCCUGGCAGGGGGGAUGGGCCAGUUCAUCAUAGACCCUCAGAACCUGUCCAAUAGUCUGUCCAGCAGCCUGUCAGCUGGGAGCGUCAAGACACAGGAGAGGUCCUCUUGGAAGAUGUGCAUCGGCUCCAACGGCAGCUUGGACCUGGAGUUAGACACCAUCGCUCUGCCCACCACCGCUGUCAACACUCCAAGGUCAUACACAGACCAAACGGCAGCAGCACUUAGCGAACUGGCCCUGGCCACCAAGGAGAAUAACAAGCUGAACAACCUGAAAAAGAAUGUUCUCCAGCUACCUCUGUGUGAAAAGAGCAUCUCUGUGAACAUCCAGCGCAGCCCUAGAGAAGGGCUCCUGUGCACCUCUCAGGCCAGCUGCUGCCAGGUCAUAUGACACACACUCCCUGGCGCCCUCUGACACCACUCUGCCAGUCCAAUCUGUCCAACCACAGUCACCGCUGUAGCAUACGUCUGACCUCAGAACACCUCCCCAUCACAACCUGCCUUCUGCUGUUGUCUUAAAAGAUGACUUGUUAUUGUUUUUGUUUGUUCACUAGGACCUAUGAGCUGCAUGCUGCAGGGGGUUCUUUUGUUUUGUUUCUGCUACAUCACUAGCUCCCCCUGGAAUGAACCGAGGUAACAGAACUUAACUCAAUUCUAAGGUGAGUUGGGGUGUUGAUGUAAACAUAAAUAUGGAUGUUGGUUUGAUUUUAGAUGAACUAUAUUUUGGGGUACAAAAUACCAAACUUUUAACAGUGGGUAAGUAGUAGCACCUGAUAGUUAAAGGGUAAGCACUUAAAUUAGAUUAUUGGUCUACUGUCUACUAUGUAAAGGGUAUGCUAGGAGAGGUAGAGGAGGACAGGACAGAGAUACCAUACAUAUGGGAGAGGUAGAGGAGGACAGGACAGAGAUACCAUACAGCUGGGAGAGAUAGGAGGACAGGACAGAGAUACCAGUCACCAUACAGCUGGGAGAGAUAGGAGGACAGGACAGAGAUACCAUAUAGCUGGGAGAGAUAGGAGGACAGGACAGAGAUACCAGUCACCAUACAGCUGGGAGAGAUAGGAGGACAGGACAAAGAUACCAGUCACCAUACAGCUGGGAGAGAUGGAGGAGGACAGGACAGAGAUACCAGUCACCAUACAACUGGGAGAGAUGGGAGGACAGGACAGAGAUACCAUACAGCUGGGAGAGGUAGAGUAGGACAGGACAGAGAUACCAGUCACCAUACAACUGGGAGAGAUGGGAGGACAGGACAGAGAUACCAGUCACCAUACAGCUGGUAGAGGAGGACAGGACAGAGAUACCAGUCACCAUACAGCUGGGAGAGGUAGAGGAGGACAGGACAGAGAUACCAGUCACCAUACAGCUGGUAGAGGUAGAGGAGGACAGGACAGAGAUACCAGUCACCAUACAGCUGGGAGAGGUAGAGGAGAACAGGACAGAGAUACCAGUCACCAUACAUGGUCCUGGAGGAAGGGAAGUAACCUGUAACCUUCAUGUUGAUAUAAGCUCCUGCCAUGCAGUCACAUGGCAAUGACCAACUGAGACAGAAACUUGGUAACCUCUAGAGAUGUUUUAAUUUGAUUCAUUGAUUAACCUCAUUUUACAGUGACCUACUGUCUGAAACGUUAUUUCACUUUGAUAUUGCACACAGACAAUCUGUUUUAUGUUUGUAUUUUUUAAGUGUAUGGAAUUAAAGGUGCAUUUUAGAUGGCUAUACAGCUCACUGAAUUGAUUUUGAAGGCAACAUGAAUGAUUGUUUCCAAACCGCUGUUUAACAAGUGCUACUUCAACACAUGUGGUUUACUUUGGUGUUACUGAGAGCCAGUAACCUGGAAAAUAAGGCUUCAGCUUCCUCUUUAUUCCAAGCUCAAUGCACUCGUCUUCAGGCACAAUAAAUUAACCUAUUUGGGUCAAAUACUACUAUACUUACUUUUGUAUAGUGAAUACAGGUAGGAAAGGGUCAUUCAUCUGUAAUUAUAACUACUGCUAUUCAGUAGCUACUGCUAUUCAUUUGCAAAUUGGGCAAACUCCUGAAAUGAUUCAAAGUUCAUGACAACGUGUCAAACUGAAUGUAAAGUACACUGGUAGACGAGUAGUGUAUUUUUCUCCUGUGCUGGGCCUCAAGGUAGCAGGCAAGCAGACCACACAGAUGUGAUGUGGUCCCGUUCACAUGUUGGUCAUGGCCUUGGUUGACCACCUGCCAUGUUGACGUAACAUCUUAGAAAAUGCAUUUUAAGAUCAAUAGAAGAGCAUGAGAAUUGAAAAGAAAAACGUACUAAUGAAUUGAAAACUGCAUUGGGUCUCUGUAUUCCAGUGGACCCACACACGUCUUUGCUUUGUUAGACUGUUUCACUUUCUGUUACUGUAACUGACUGGUCUUCUGACUGGCCUGGCAGGCUGGUCUUCUGACUGGCCUGGCAGGCUGGUCUUCUGACUGGCCUGGCAUGCUGGUCUUCUGACUGGCCUGGCAGGCUGAUCUUCUGACUGGCCUGGCAGGCUGAUCUUCUGACUGGCCUGGCAGGCUGGUCUUCUGACUGGCCUGGCAGGCUGGUCUUCUGACUGGCCUGGCAGGCUGGUCUUCUGACUGGCUUGGCAGGCUGAUCUUCUGACUGGUCUGGCAGGCUGGUCUUCUGACUGGCUUGGUAGGCUGGUCUUCUGACUGGUUUGGCAGGCUGGUCUUCUGACUGGUCUGGCAGGCUGGUUUUCUGACUGGUCUGGCAGGCUGAUCUUCUGACUGGUCUGGCAGGCUGGUCUUCUGACUGGCUUGGCAGGCUGGUCUUCUGACUGGCUUGGCAGGCUGGUCUUCUGACUGGCUUGGCAGGCUGGUCUUCUGACUGGCUUGGCAGGCUGGUCUUCUGACUGGCCUGGCAGGCUGGUCUUCUGACUGGCCUGGCAGGCUGGUUUGUUUGUUUGUUUUUAAAGGGUAUAUGUUGAGUAUGUAUAUAUGUUUUAAAAAGUUAUAUUUUUGAAUGAUCUGCUGUUUUUAAAAUUAUUCUAUGUUGAAGUGGGCGGCCCGUGAGUCUUUCAUUGGGGACUAACAUCGCAGUGUGUAUCACACACACCCACACCUUACUGGACACUGCAGGGUGAAGGUUUUACAUUCAGGAUUAGUGGUUCAGUAGAGCACAUGCACCUUUCAGGAGAGAUUCCUGUCUGUAAGCUUUAAAGGACUGGGCUUAGUAAAGAAGGAAAGAAAUGGGGUUGUAGGGAGAUGUGGGGUAUAUUUUAAGGGCAUUGGCAAUAAGCUACAUGUUGCAGCUAUCUGUAAAUCAACAUAUUUUUGUUUUAUAUUUCAACCCUGUACAGCCUUAGAUUGAAAGGCACCUCGGACUAAAAACUAACAGAGAAAGAUAUCUUGAGUAUUUUUUUUCUUUUGAAACAAAUUGUCUGUAAAUAGAGAUGUAAAUAUGGUGCUCUAUAUUUAGAGACGGCAGAGUGAACCUCUUGGUGCAGAGCUGUAAGUAUAGCCUUAUUAGGAAUGGGUGUCUCCAAGAAAAGAACAUGACUUUAUUCAUGUCAGCCAGUCUGACCGUUGUCUUACCCAGAUGUAAACAGCUGAAUGACAUGUGCAUGUGUUAUAUGUUUAACAUUAUCGAUUCAAGGACAUCGAGAGAGGAAGAACCAUCCACUGAAUGUUACUGGACCAAACCAUGUACUGGCUAAAUGAAAAUAUGAAAUGGCAGAAUUAUUCAAUGUAUUAUUCUGUAGUUGAUACCUGUUGUGAACAGUUACAUAUAGCUAUGGUAAUAUCCAAAAUAAAAUGUUGUGGGAAAUGA